GGCGCCAAUUCCCUGAGGAGGGCGCUGCUGGGAAGCCACGCUCACUUCUGCCUCCACUUAGGCAACCCCAGGAGCUCUGACUACUGGGCAGUCACAGGGAUGGGCCGCUGCCCCGCCCGCGGCCGCGGCCUGCGUGACACUUCCGCACGGUAUAAGGGCAGCGGCCCUGAGCGCUUCCUCCCAGACCUCGCACCCAGCUCGGAGCCCGCAGCGUGCCUCGGCGCAUCGGCUUUCACCAUGGAGCAGCUGAGCUCAGCAAACACCCGCUUCGCCUUGGACCUGUUCCUGGCCUUGAGUGAGAACAAUCCGGCUGGAAAUGUCUUCAUCUCUCCCUUUAGCAUUUCAUCUGCGAUGGCCAUGGUCUUUCUGGGGACCAGAGGUAACACGGCGGCGCAGCUGUCCAAGACUUUUCAUUUCAACACGGUUGAGGAGAUUCAUUCAAGAUUUCAGAGACUGAAUGCUGAUAUCAACAAACGUGGUGCAUCCUAUAUUCUGAAACUCGCUAAUAGAUUGUACGGAGAGAAAACUUACAAUUUCCUCCCUGAGUUCUUGGCUUCAACUGAGAAAACAUAUGGUGCCGUCCUGACCAGUGUGGAUUUUCAGCACGCCCCUGAAGAUGCAAGGAAGACCAUAAACCAGUGGGUGAAGGGACAGACAGAAGGGAAGAUUCCGGAACUGUUGGCUUCAGGUGUGGUUGACAACAUGACUAAACUUGUGCUAGUAAAUGCCAUCUAUUUCAAGGGAAACUGGCAGGAGAAAUUCCUAAAAGAGGCCACGACGGAUGCCCCGUUCAGAUUGAAUAAGAAAGACACAAAAACUGUGAAAAUGAUGUAUCAGAAGAACAAAUUUCCAUUUGGCUAUAUUGAGGACCUUAAGUGCCGUGUGCUGGAACUGCCUUACCAAGGCAAGGAGCUCAGCAUGGUCAUCCUGCUGCCGGAUGAGACUGACGAUGAGUCCAUGGGCCUGAAGAAGGUUGAGGAACAGUUGACUUUGGAAAAGCUGCGUGAGUGGACCAAACCUGAGAAUCUCAGUUCCAUUGAAGUUAAUGUCAGCUUGCCCAGGUUCAAACUGGAAGAGAGUUACACCCUCAACUCUGACCUGGCCCGCCUGGGUGUGCAGGAUCUCUUUGACAGUAGCAAGGCUGAUCUGUCUGGCAUGUCAGGAGCCAGAGAUAUUUUUAUAUCAAAAAUUGUCCAUAAGUCCUUUGUGGAAGUGAAUGAAGAAGGAACAGAGGCAGCAGCUGCCACAGCAGGCAUCGCCACUUACUGCAUGUUGAUGCCAGAGGAAAAUUUCACAGCCGACCAUCCAUUUUUUUUCUUUAUUCGGCACAAUUCCUCAGGUAGCAUCCUGUUCUUGGGCAGAUUUUCUUCCCCUUAGAAGAAAGAGACUACAGCAAUACAACAUCAAGCUUAGAGCUUUAUUACCGGAGUUUUUAAUGGUGCCAAUGUUCUUACAUCUUUACCAAUAAAACCACUAUCCAGAAACAAAUCUUUCAAUUUCUUUGUAAGUUCUGCUCUGUUGGGUGUUUACACAUGAAUUUUGGCAUGGGUAUGUAGUUUUCUCUUUUCACAUUGAAAAAAUCCAGUGGUUGCUUUUGAAUACAUCGAGUGAAAAAGAAAAAAGAAUACAGAAGAUGUGUAGAUUCUUGACCAUGUAGUAAUCUAUAAAAUUGCUGUAUCUUCCUGAUAGCCAUGGGAAAACGUGAUAAAGUGGUCAUGCAUUUUGAAAUUAGAAUUUUGGAAGCUGCAAAAUAGACAGACACUCUGACUAUUGAAGGGGUGAUUAAAAACAGGUAUCAGUUGAAAUACAAGAGAGUACCCCAAUUGAGAUCCUGGAUUAUGAAGACAAACUUGUCUUGCCUGAUAUUUCUGUUUCUUGUUCUGCAGGAUUAGUAUUCUGUUACAGCCCUCUAGUUUUUAGACUCUUCAAUUAAAGGGCCAACAGUUAUAACCUGCA